AUGGGCUCGACCAAGCACUGGGGCGAAUGGCUCCUGAACUUGAAGGGGGCUCCAGCCGGCGUCUUUGGUGUGGCCUUUCUAGCCAGAGUCGCCCUGGUUUUCUAUGGCGUCUUCCAGGACCGGACCCUGCACGUGAGGUAUACGGACAUCGACUACCAGGUCUUCACCGACGCCGCGCGCUUUGUCACGGAGGGGCGCUCGCCUUACCUGAGAGCCACGUACCGUUACACCCCGCUGCUGGGUUGGCUUCUCACUCCCAACAUCUACCUCAGCGAGCUCUUUGGAAAGUUUCUCUUCAUCAGUUGCGACCUCCUCACCGCUUUCCUCUUAUACCGCCUGCUGCUGCUGAAGGGGCUGGGGCGCCGCCAGGCUUGUGGCUACUGUGUCUUUUGGCUUCUUAACCCCCUGCCUAUGGCAGUAUCCAGCCGCGGUAAUGCGGACUCGAUUGUCGCCUCCCUGGUCCUGAUGGUCCUCUACUUGAUAAAGAAAAGACUCGUCGCGUGUGCAGCUGUAUUCUAUGGUUUCGCGGUGCAUAUGAAGAUAUAUCCGGUGACUUAUAUCCUUCCCAUAACCCUCCACCUGCUUCCAGAUCGCGACAAUGACAAAAGCCUCCGUCAAUUCCGGUAUACUUUCCAGGCUCGUUUGUACGAGCUCCUGAAGAGGCUAUGUAAUCGGGCUGUGCUGCUGUUUGUAGCAGUUGCUGGACUCACGUUUUUUGCCCUGAGCUUUGGUUUUUACUAUGAGUACGGCUGGGAAUUUUUGGAACACACCUACUUUUAUCACCUGACUAGGCGGGAUAUCCGUCACAACUUUUCUCCGUACUUCUACAUGCUGUAUUUGACUGCAGAGAGCAAGUGGAGUUUUUCCCUGGGAAUUGCUGCAUUCCUGCCACAGCUCAUCUUGCUUUCAGCUGUGUCUUUCGCCUAUUACAGAGACCUCGUUUUUUGUUGUUUUCUUCAUACGUCCAUUUUUGUGACUUUUAACAAAGUCUGCACCUCCCAGUACUUUCUUUGGUACCUCUGCUUACUGCCUCUUGUGAUGCCACUAGUAAGAAUGUCUUGGAAAAGAGCUGUAGUUCUCCUAAUGUUAUGGUUUAUAGCGCAGGCCAUAUGGCUGGCUCCUGCCUAUGUUCUUGAGUUUCAAGGAAAGAACACCUUUCUGUUUAUUUGGUUAGCUGGUUUGUUCUUUCUUCUUAUCAACUGUUCCAUCCUAAUUCAAAUUAUUUCCCAUUACAAAGAAGAACCCCUGACAGAGAGAAUCAAAUAUGACUAGUGUAUGUUCCACAUCCUCUGCUACUGUGUUACAUUCUGAUUGUCUUGUAUGGACCAGAAGAGAGGUUUGGGACAUUUUUUCUGAACAUUCUAAUCAUUCUGGUGAAAGUUCCCAUGUUCCAACAGAAGUUAAAAGCAAUGUUUGCCUUAUAUAUAAAAGGGACACAAUAAUUAAGGUCCACCUUCUAGGAAAUCCUAGGACUCGUUUAUUUGGUGCAUGGUGGAAAUAAAGGUCACAUAUUGGAAAAUGGAAAGGCUGAUGAAACUAUCAGAUACUAAAAGAUUCUUAAAAUAGAGGAAUAUAGUUAGAGACAUCAGGUUUAAGCCAGUAUUUGUUCCUGUUUUACAGUGCUUCUGUCUUAAGCUGUGUCUUAACUUUUAGCCCCCAUCUUUUCUUUCUAAAGCUUUCCUGACAGCUGUGAAAAUCCAAAAAGUAUUCUUAGACUGAGGGUAUGGUGGCCCUUGCCUGUAAUCCCAGCACUUUGGGAGGCUGAAGUGGGAGGGUCGCUUGAGUCCAGGAGUUCUAGACCCACCUGGGGCAAGAUGGUGAGACCUAGUCUCCAAAAAAAAAAAAAAAAAAAAAAAAGCCAGGCGGGUGCACCCCUGUAGUCAUAGCUGCACAGGAGGCUGAGGUGGGAGAAUUGCUUAAGCCCAGAGCAAGACCCUGUCUCAAAAAAAAAAAAAAGGAAGGACAACUUUUUAGAUAUAAAAGUAUUAAAUAAUACUAAGAUGCUUAGUAUUAUUUUAGAGAGUUUUAAACUUCUAUAUUAAAUGUGGGGGCUUACAAGAUAAUCCAAAGACUUUGAGAGGCCAAGGCGGGCAGAUCACGAGGUCAGGAGAUUGAGACCAUCCUGGCUAACACGGUGAAACCCCUCUCUACUAAAAAUACAAAAAAUUGGCCGGGUGUGGUGGCGGACGCCUGUAGUCCCAGCUACUCCUCGGGAGGCUGAGGCAUGAGAAUGGCGUGAACCCGGGAGGCAGAGCCUGUAGUGAGCCGAGAUGACGCCACUGCGCUCCAGCCUGGGCGACAGAGCGAGAUUCCAUAUCAAAAAAAAAAAAAAAUGAUAAUCCAAAGAAUUUAAAAUGUAAUCAUGUUUCAUGUAUUUAUUUGUUUUAUUACUUAGUUUUGUAGCACUUAGUCCCAGUGGUAUUAGACUGCUAUUUGGUUUCAUACAAAAAGGAUUAAAUUUAAAUUCAUUCAUGUUUAGACUUGAGUUAUUACAUUUUUAAAACUAUCAUCUUGCCUUUAAUGUUUGAGAUCCUACACAAACUAUUAGUACAUUUCAGUAUCUUCUUACCCCUUUGUUUUUAAGUUUUUGAUUGCUAAAGCAAGACUUUUUUCUUCUAGAAUUUAAGUCAACCAAGUGUUAUCUAUGUUGUAAAAAUGGAUAAUAGUAGAUUUUAGGUGAUAAAACAACUUGUUAGUAAGACAUUUCUUAGCUUAAAAAAAAAAAUCAAAAAUUCCGUUAUAGAAAUGCAGACCUGUGAGGGAAACUCCGGAAAAGCAUAAGAAGCAUCCCAAACAGCCAUGGGUUUUCUAGACCAGGAAAUUUAGAGGGAGAUUGUGGAAAUGAGGCUUAGGUGGGCAGAUCGUUUCCUUUAUCACUAUAAUAUUUCUGGGGGAAAAAUGCUUUCUGAGUUGUUUAAACAAGCAUCCUUACAUUUUUUUGUUUUUUUUAAUUAAACAGCCUGUCUAGGCUUGGGAUUCCCUAGCACUACAGUAGCAGUUUAUAAAUAUGAUUUUGUGAUUGUGUUUUUUAAAAGAUAAGUAAUUUGAUAAACUGUUCUUUUGCAGUCAAAAAACACUCACAAAAAGACAAAAAGAGUUCCACAGUAGUAUAUUUCAUGUCAGUUCAGGCCUAAAAGCCUUUGCAAAUAAGAUGUCUAUAGGCUGGUCACAAUUAACAAUGUUAUUAUUGGCAGCACUUCUUGGAUGGAUACCUUAUGGGACCUUUCAUUAGAAAGAGGGAAAGAAUGGGGUGGUUUUGUACGGGCUCCUGUUUGGGGUAAAAAUAGCAGAGUCAGUUGCUGAGGACAAUGACCUUCCUUAUAACAUUUAGUUUCAUACCCAUAUUAGGUCUUGUCUUGAGGACCCUUUAUAUGUGCUUGUUUACUAGUGGCCUUCCAGCCAUAGCAUUCUUACCUUUUUUUCCUAUUCUAAGAAUUAAAAAAAAAAAAAAUUAUAGAGCCAGCAAGGGAGGAGGCAGGAAACAGAAAUCGAAUUUCAUCAUUCCAAUAUAAUUGUCCCUUUUUUUGUAUUUCUGACUUGGUUUUAUAAUUAUAUUUACUUACUAAUUAUUAUUUUUUAACAUUCUUUAUUGUGGCUUACUCUUCAUACUUAGAGUUGGAAUUGUUGGACAUCACAUGUGUGUUCACAUUAUAAAUACAUCAUUCUUCCACUGUUAGACCUUUAGAUUGCUUCCAGUUUUUAAUAUUCUAAAUAAGACUUUCAACAUUUUCUGUGUUUUAGCUCAUUCUGUUAGGACAUUCUUAGAAGUUAGAAACAUUUCUGCUGGGAUCGUUGGAGGGAACUUCAAACUUUAGAACCUGUCCUGCAAGAAAUUCUUUACCAAAGAAAGGCAGGUUUUCUUAAAGGGAUGCAAAAGAUAUUUUGCAGUUUAUAUGUUGCGAAACAUUUAGUCAGUUAACUAAAAAAAUGAGUUAAUUUGGUUUCUUGGGGGAUUUUAAUUUUUUAAUUUGUUUUCUGGUUAUUUAAAAAAAAUUUUUUUUUUGCUUCUUAUCACAACCUUUUGUUUCCUUUUUAGUCCUUUAAUAACACCUCCAAAUUUUAUAAGACUUUGGCUUAUUUCCUACAUAAUUCUUUUUUCUUAUACCACCCCUUAAGAUUGAUAUGUUCAUUUACAGGUAAGCAUUAAUUAUUAGAUAAAGAGGGAUGGUUCUCAAGAUUGUGUGUGUUCUGAACAGAGGGAACUACAUGACAUUUUCUUCUGUAAUUGCCUUUGUAACAUCUUUAGAAUGUGGUUCCUGAAUAUUCCUAGAUAAAUUCUCUUGAUAGGCCCAUUGGAAAGGCUAAUACUCCUGCCCACUGCUUUGUUCCUUCCUGGCAAAAGAAUUCUUAAAACCACUGAUUUUAGUUACUGACUUCUCACCAUCUGGACUCUUACAAGAUGUUUCAGAAGUUGUGUAGAACUUGUCUUUCAGUUAGUUGACUUGUGGCUGAAUUUAUUGUUACUUCUCUAAUAUCAGUUGUUUUCUGCAUUACCACCCUCUCCCCUAACCAUCUGUACUAUGAAUAGAAAAGGAAAAAGAUGGAAAAUUAUACCUAGGAUUGUCCCUAAAUGCAAUCUCUUGGUUCCCCCCACCCCUCAUGUUUUAUUAUAAACUAUUUUAGGAGCUGGGCAUGGUGGUUUAUGCCUGUAAUCCCAAUGCUUUGGGAAGCUGAGGCAGAAGGAUCACUUGAGGACAGGAGUUUGAGACCAGCCUGGACAACGUAGUGAGACCCCCAUCUGUACAAAAAAACAAAGUUCUUGGGAAGCUGAGGUGGGAGGACCACUUGAGCCCAGGAAUUCGAGGAGGUUACAGUGAGCUAUGAUUGUGCCACUGCACUCCAGCCUGGGUGACAGAGCAACACCUUGCCUCUAAAACAAAAAAACUCCCAACUAUUUUAUUUUUUUAUUUUUCUGAGACAACAUGUUGCUUUGUCACCCAGGCUGGAGUGCAGUAGUAUAAACAUGGCUCACUGCAGCCGAACUCCCAGGCUCAAGUGAUCCUUCCUCCUGAGCCUCCCAAGUAGCUGGGACCACAGGUAUUUGCCACCAUGCCUGGCUAAUCUUUUUAUUUUUUGUAGAGACGAGGUCUUGCUAUGUUGCAAGAGGGAGAUCGCUUAAGUGAUCUUCCCUCAUUGGCUUCCCAAACUGUUGGGAUUCCAGGUGUGAGCCACUGCACCCAGCCUGACCUAACUAUUUUAAACACUACUCAUAUUGCCAUCAUCUAAAUUCAACAACAAUUUGCCAUAUUUGCUUUAUGUAUAUGUAUAAUUAUAUGUUUAUAUAAUUUUUUGAACCAUGUGAAGUUGCAAACAUUGAACUUCACCACUAAAUAUAUCAGCACGCAUCUCCUAAAAAUAAGGUAUUUUCUUACAAAACCAUAAUUCUGUUACCUAUUAUGAUUUAACAUUCUGUCAUUUUCAAAUUUCUUCAGGUAUUUUUUGUUACAUCUUACAGAACAGACAUUCUUGGAUCUCAAAGAUUCCGAGGAAGGAAAGAACAUGAUGGAUAAUCCAUAAUUAAGAAGUUUGAAUCUUUUCCUAGUCCUAAAAACAAAGUGAGAAUUAAAGGGGUUUACCUUCCAUCAAAGUUGAACAAAUUAAUUCUUUUGUGUGUCAUACUUUUUGUCUCUCUCCCUAAAAACAUGGGGGUGGUAAUCUCUUUGUUUUAUCUGGUAGGUUUUCCAGAUUAAAGAUUAUACAUGUUUGGAAUCUUAAUAUCCAACCUCCAACUGCAAGCUCUGCCCCAACAACAAUAGCUAAUUAUUUUACAACUUGAUGGUGGUAAAUUUUUCAUGAUUAACCAAUUUUGGGCACCUGUUCCGUCAUAUAUGGUUUUAUUUAAUUUUCACAGCAACACUUCAAAGUUGAUAUUCAUAUUCUAAAUUUAUAGAUGAACAAAGAGGCUCAAAGAUUAAAUAACUUGCUAAUAAGUGAUUUUUACCCAUGCUUUUUCCAUUAUAUUAUGUUUUGGAUUUUUCCAGAGUACCCAAACCCAGCAGAUGCAUACUGCUCCAAAAUAAAUGGAACUCAACACUGGCUCUGUCAAGUGUCUUGCCAAUCAAUUUGUCCUUCUAAUCUUUCGAGGGGGAGUUCUCUCAGUUGUACCAAGUCACUGUCAUCCCCAAACUUUUCUCUUCAACGAUUCCAGGCCUUUAACAACUCUCUUUCACCUCCAAACCCUCUCUCACCAAAUUGUGUAAUUUCUUUGUUUACUGCUGGCUUCAUCAUGCACUUUUCCUUCAUAGCCUAUUUUAAGAAGUUGAUUUGCUGAACCACUUUUUAGCCAAGCUGUUUGUAAAUCAAGCUACACAAAGUAUGUGGCCAUAAUUUCCAAAAGGCAAAUGAUCAUUGUUCAAUUGCUCUUGCUCUGCAGUGUGCGUUCAUGCAGUUAGAAAUUGUCCUGCACUGAUAGUACGGCAUCAGAGAAUAGAUCACUUAGGUUCAAAUCUCAGUGCAUGAUCCUGAGCAAGAUUAUCAUAUCUAGAUACCUUAGUUUUUAUCUGUGAAAUGGGAAUGAUAGCACAAUCUUCAUAGAACUGUUGAUAAGGAUUAAGUGAGUUGAUAUGCUCAAAGUGUGCAUGCUGGCAUAGAACAAGUCACUGUUUACAAGCCUUUAAAGAAGGAGCUGUUCUGGCACUGUAAACUUGAACCUUUUUUCCCCAAAUCUAAUGGAUGUAGGCAAGGAAAUUAUAUUUAUAUAAAAUAAAUGUUUGACUACCUUUGAUCAUAAA